AUGACCAUAAUUGUUCAGCUCAUCGAAGAAGUUGCACAGAAUUGUCGCUCACGAACACUUCUUCUUCUGAAGCGAAUCGAUGUCACUGUCAACUCAUUUCUAUGGUGUGAUAGGAUCAAAUCGCGAGAAGCUGAAAUUAGAGAACUUUUUGCUAAGAGGCGCAGUGCUAUGUCGCACGUAACACCUCCGAAUGUUGCAGAUCUGUUAGGCGCUAGCCAAGAUUUGCUAAGAGUAGAACAAGCAAGCAGUGCAAGAUUGAGAAAGAACACACGCUCAAAAAUACAUCCAUUAGCUCUGGCUGCGCGGCCGACCGAUCGAGGAGGACGGACAAAUGAAAUGAUUGGAGACAUCGCCUCAGAGACAGCUGGUGGAGAAUUCUUUGUUCAUUCUUUUUCUUCUUUUUGUUCAAUAUGCUGA